GGGUCUGAAAAAAAGCCACUUCUUCAGGCUCCACCUUCAGAGACUCACUUCAUUGGAAGCAAGGAAGGUACCAGGCUGCUGCAGGAAAUUUCAUACCUACCCCAGCUGCAUUCAUACUACGGCAGUCAGCUGGAAGGUUUUUGUUGCUGUAAGCAAAAAUGCCAGCAAGACCCACGGUUCAGCUGGCAUGKCUCUGCAUUGUCACCAUGUCUGUGGCAAUCUACCCUGCACURCUGCAGAAACCUCCCAAGAGGAGAAUGAUCAGUGGGAAUGCACAGUUGAAGAUGCUGGGCUGCUGCGAGGAGAUCAAGGAGCUGAAGCUGCAGGUAGCCAACCUGAGCAGGAUGCUGCAGGAGCUGAGCAAGAAGCAGGAAGGGGACUGGGUGAAUGUGGUGAUGCAGGUGAUGGAGCUGGAAGGGAGCACCAAGCAGAUGGAGUCCCGCCUCAUCGAUGCUGAGAGCAAAUACUCCGAAAUGAACAACCAGAUAGACAUCAUGCAACUGCAGGCAGCUCAGACGGUCACACAAACAUCAGCUGUAGAUGCUGUUUAUGACUGCUCAUCACUUUACCAGAGGAACUACMGAAUUUCUGGUGUUUACAAGCUACCUCCUGAUGAAUUUUUGGGAAUUCCAGAUCUAGAGGUGUUCUGUGACAUGGAGACAGAUGGAGGUGGCUGGACUAUCAUCCAAAGACGUAAAGUUGGUCUGACAUCGUUCAAUAGGGACUGGAAACAAUACAGGGAAGGAUUUGGCAAUAUUAGGGGAGAUUUCUGGCUGGGAAAUGAAAAUAUCUACCGACUUUCAAGACGCCCCACUGUUAUGCGAGUGGAGUUAGAGGACUGGGAAGGUAACACACGCUAUGCCAAAUAUGGGCAGUUUGCCCUGAGCAAUGAAAUAAACAGCUACCGUCUGUUUGUGGGGAAUUACACUGGGAACACAGGAAGAGAUUCCUUACGGUACCACAACAACACAGCCUUCAGCACGAAGGACAAGGACAAUGACAAGUGUGUGGAUGAUUGUGCCCAACUCCGUAAAGGUGGMUAUUGGUACAACUGCUGCACAGAUUCCAAUCUGAACGGGGUUUACUACCGCAAAGGAGAACACACCAAGAACAUGGAUGGCAUCACCUGGUACGGCUGGCACGGAUCCACCUAUUCACUCAAGAGAGUAGAGAUGAAGAUUCGGCCAGAAGAUUUCAAACCAUAGAAGGAAUCAAUGUUUGAUUGUACAGCUACAUGAUGUCAACGUGCAAAAGGUGGGCAAUGAACAGCCAAAUAASUUUUCAUUUCAUCCAAUACAUGCCAUAGCUAUGUACUGGUGAUGCUCACAACAAACACUGCAACACYAGCCACAGCCACCAGUGUUAUCAGGGCUCAGGCUCAUUUCCUCCUGUUCAGGCUCUUUCCAAAGGGAAAAAUAUUGUUUUAGGUUAGAACUGAAUGCACUYACAGCACCUUCAGAAAACCUGUGGGUGCAUUUUCACUAGUAGUGUGRCUAGUGAGUUGCCUUAGUAUAAUUAAACAGGCAGGGACUGAAAAGCAAAAGCCUCUUGGCUGCCUUUACUUCAGUGUCAAGCAAGCACUGCUGAGCACCUCCUUUUAAGAGGGACUCAAACCACAAGAAUUAUARACUCAGUUCAAGGCAGAGGAAUUAAUCAGAAGUGUCCCUGACGCACCAUUCUUUAGUGUAUAGUAAGUGGCUUACUUUCCCACAGAGGAAAGAACAAAGCUCAGAACAGUUGCAUUAAUUAGGAUUGCCCAUAUUCUCCUGCUACCUCCUGCUGCUGCCUCAAAUAAUCCCCACUGAAGGCUGCCCUAACAGAUAGUAACACUGGAGGACCUGUCCCAUGUGCCCUCUGAUGUUUAUUUCUAUCCACACAGAUCACCCAAAUGCUGUGAACUAGAAAAGCAACUUUCUGGGCUGUCCCCAAAUUAUGUCCAGGUUAGAAUACAAACAAGCUGUAUGUCAGUAAGGCWGAGAGUGAACAGUAGGUUAGCCAAAAAACGUCCAGACCCAGCCAAAAAACUCAACUCCAACACUUAAAACCACAGUAUUAUAGUGAGCAGAACACUAGUACACACCAGAGAAUCCCUAAGUGCCAAAAGUUAUUUCAACACAAGGGAAUGUUUKCUAGCACAGCACACUGACUGAGGAAUAUUUAAAUCUGUUUUGAAAAAUACCCCAGCUGGAAAUUACCAAGAGAUGGUCUGUUAAAAAUAGUACAUAUGGAAUACCCUUACAUAACAAAGUGUUAAAGACAAUAGUUAAAAAAAAUGAGACUCCUCCCAUAGCUGUACCAUUGUUUGAGUACUUUGGAAAAGAUCAUUAUCAUCAAUACAUCUAUUUUUAUUCACCUUGAAGAGAAUUUGAAUCUGGAUUAGAUUGUUCAAUCUUAUGUGAAAUGGAACAUAAAGAUAUCUUGGGAAUUACCUUACAYAUGUUCAACUAUUCAUACUGCAAAUUUC